UGUGCGCGCGGAGCGUUUCCGCGAUCGGGAGGAGAGAGGAGCGGAGAGAGAGCGGAGCAGUGAGAGAGAGGAGAGAGAGGAGCAGUGAGAGAGGAGCAGGGAGGGACAGUGAGGAGCGGAGAGAGAGGAGCAGUGAGAGAGAGGAGAGAGAGGAGCAGUGAGAGAGGAGCAGGGAGGGACAGUGAGGAGCGGAGAGAGAGGAGCAGUGAAAGAGAGAGGGACAGUGAGGAGCGGAGCGAGAGGAGAGAGGAGCAGUGAAAGAGAGAGGAGCAGAGCGCACUUCACCCUUUAUCGCUUUGCUUUGUGUUUUGCUGGAGUUUUAGAGAGGAGAGUGAGGGACAGUGAGAGUGAGGAGCGGACAGUGAGGAGAGAGAGGAGCAGUGAGGAGCGGAGCGCACUAUCGCUUUGCUUUGUGUUUUGCUGGAGUUUUAGAGAGGAGAGGAGGGACAGUGAGAGAGAGAGGAGCAGUGAGGAGAGGAGCAGUGAGGAGAGGAGCGGAGCGCACUAUCGCUUUGCUUUGUGUUUUGCUGGAGUUUGAGUUUAAUCCAGCAGCGCGUUCACGAUGAGCGCGCACGGGACACACACCUCGCGCUUUCCGCUCAUGUCGCGCGGAUCGACUGUGCGCGUGACCGAGCAGGGCUUCAUGACCGGAAACGGCUUCCACCAGGACCUGGGGGAGAACUUCCUCCCGCAGCAGCGCUACAGCGCCAGCACCUACAGCAUCAAGAGUCAGGGGAGCACGAUGCCCCUUCAUCACAAAAUCCAGAGCAUGUAUAAUAGCAUUAUGAGGCACCUUGAAAUGGCCCAAAGUCUGCUGGACCAAGGAGGACCUUUGAUUGAAUUUGAAAAUAUAAUGGCAGUGGCUGGUGAAGAAAUGACACACUUUCAUCAGUGUAUAAGGGAAGCAACCAACUACGGCCAGAAUGUUGACACAAGAGGUCUGGAAGACUGCAAUGCAAUUUUCUCAGAUCUCAGACAAAGAGCAGGACGAAUGACGACACGACAAACUAUCAGACACACCAGCACCACCAGCACAAACAGAGACGAGUACAGCAUCAGGGCCUUUAAUGAUGCCAUGGCCUGGAUCGCCCAACAUAAACGUCUGAUUGAGACAGGACAGUUUGGUGAAGACGAGAAGACCAUUGAGCAACAGAUGACGAGCCACAGCAGGUUCCACAGCUCCAUCCAGAGGAGUGCAGAAGUGCAGAGAGCCAAGGAUGAGCUGCUGCAAUUAGGAGACAAGACCAAUCUUCAUAUUUUGGACCAGGAGUGGGACAUAUUACAGAAAAUGUCUCACGACCGUACGAAUCAGCUGCGUGACAUGCAGAGUAUCCUUCGUGACAUCUCUCAGGCCAUCAUGUGGGUGAACGACAGAGAGGAGGAGGAGCUCAUGUUCGACUGGGGUGACAAAAACAUUGACGCAUACAUCCCCAAGAAGCAGGAAAGCUACUCGCGCCUGAUGAGGGACCUGGAAGGGAAAGAGAAGGAGCUGAACAGUGUAAAAUCCAGAGUGGAUCAACUACUGAAGAGCCAUCACCCAGCGUCAGAUAAAAUCGAGGCCUACAUGGACACACUGCAGACUCAGUGGAGCUGGCUGCUGCAGAUCACCAAGUGCAUUGAAACCCACCUGAAAGAAAAUGCCGCCUACAGCCAGUUCUUUAAGGAGGCGAAUGAGACGUACACCAAACUCCAAAAAGAUGACGAGAACAUCCGCAAAAAAUUCACUUGCAGUAAAACUACAUCUCUGGAGACUCUGACUGACCUGCUGAAAAACCUGGAGGCUGAGAAGGAGAGGCUGACGGAGAACAGGAGGCAGGUCCAGACACUGGUGAACAAGUCGAAGAACAUUGUGUGUCUGAAACCUCGAAGCCCAGAGUAUAAGCCCAGCAGCCCAGUGAUGGUAAAGGCACUGUGUGACUUUAAACAGGACCAGAAGUCUAUUUUUAAAGGGGACGAAGCGAUACUAAGGGAUAACUCUCAGCGCAGUAAAUGGAACGUGAUCGGUCCUGGAGGACUGGACAUGCUCAUCCCCUCUGUGUGUAUGAUCAUCCCUCCACCAAACUCACUGUGCGUUGACCUGGCCAACAAGAAUGAGAAGUACUAUGAAGCAAUCAUGGGUAUCUGGAACCAGCUGUACAUCAACAUCAAGAGUCUGAUCUCCUGGCAGUACUGUCUGAGGGACAUCAAUCAGAUCAACUCGCUCACCAUCAGCAUGUUGUCUAAGAUGAAGCCUGAGGAAUACCGGAACAUCGUUAAGAGUCUGGAGCAUCACUACGAGGAGUUUCGGCGUCUCAGUCAUCAGUCCAACUUGUUUGAAGAAAAGGACAAGAGGAAGUUAGAGGCCGAAUAUACCGGCGCACAGACGCACUACGACACCAUCGUCACCCAGAUACCUCACAUCAAUGUGAUUAAGCCGACUACAGUGACCCCAGUGCAGAUUCCUGUAGUGAGCCCUGUCGAGGUGGACGCAACCACGCACAUUCAAACACUCAACCUACUGACACUCACACACACGCUGCGGCGCAGACUGGAGGCGGCCGAGAGCGGGCUGAGCCAACACCUCCACGUCCCACUGAAAGAAAACGGUGUCCAGGAGUGUUCACAGAGACUGCAGCUCCUGCAGGGUGUUCACCAUGACCUGGGCUCAAUCCGUGAUGAGUACCUGCAUCUGAGAGAGUUGGUGAUGAAGCAGCAAGCAACCACUGAUCCAGAGCAGGCAAAAUUCCUUCGAGAUGAACUCCAUCUCAUCAACCAGAAACUGAGCAGUUUACACAGCUUCUCCAACUCUUACCUACAGAGGCUCACUUCUCUGAGAGCUCUCCUGCAGAACCUUUUACGUGCUGAAGACAUUAUUAAAGUUCAUGAAGCUCGACUGACGGAGAAAGAGACUAGCUCUCUGGACCAGGGAGAACUGCAGGACUACCGUAAAACACUCAAGAACAUGAAGGCAGAUCUCGAGCAGAGGAAGGAGGUUCUGGGUGUGUUGGAGUCGGACCUGGAUCAGGCCUUUCACUGGAACGGACAAAUUGAUCAAAACUUCCACCAGUGUGAUGUGGAUUUGACCAAGUUCUCUGAGCUGGUGCAGCAACAGCGUGACCGCUGGCACCGCAUCAUCACUCAGAUCGACACCAGGCUGGGUGAUCUGGAGGAACAGGAGGAGCAGCUCAAUCAGUACAAACAGAGCAGCUCAAACAUCAACCACUGGAUUGACCAGACAAGUCAUCGCCUAGAUGCACUGCAGAACUACAAAGUGAACACAGUGCAUGACCUGCACGACCAUCUGAGCAAACACAAGAUGCUGCAUUCUGAGAUUAAGGGGAAAAAGGACAAAGUGGAUGAAGUGCAGAAGGAUGCCAGCACCUGUGCAGCCUCCAUAAAGGAUUAUGAGCUUGAGUUGGCAUCGUACAGCGCUGGAUUGGAGACGCUGCUCAAAAUUCCCAUCAAGCGAACCAUGCUGCAGUCUCCAGCGAACGUGCUGAACCUGGAGGCAGCAGAUGUUCAGUCUCGUUAUAUCGAGCUGCUGACUCGCUCGGAUGAUUACUACAAGUUCCUCAUACAGAUGCAGAAGAACAUGGAGGAGCUAAAGAUGCAAAACACUAAAAUUGACCUUCUGGAGGAAGAUCUAAGGCGUCUGAAGGAUGAACUGCAGGACCACUCGCAUAAGAACAGGUCCCUGGAGGAGAGCUUGGCCCGUCACAAACUAGAACUCUCCCAAUCUAAGGAACGGAUAAUCUCUAUGGAGGAAGUGAAGAGCACUGAGGCUAUGAGGUACCAUACCACUAAGGAGAACCUGGACAGCACCCAACAUCAGCUAAAUGAACUACAUGACCAGGUGGCGCGGCUCACAUUGCUUAUUGAUGAGGAGAAACGUAAGCGAAGGCUGGCUGAGGACCGUUAUACCAGCCAACAACAGGAGUAUGAGACCACCAUCCGCAAGAGACAGAAAGAGCUGGAUGAACUUAACUGGUCCAAGAUUAAUUUUGAGAAGACCAUCAAGGACAAGGAGCGGGAGAUUGAUAGUCUGAAGAUGCAGUUAGAGGACGAGGCCUCCCGGCGCCGAGCAGCGGAAUCUGAAACCUCUAAGGUAAGAAACCACUUGAACCAGGAGAUCAGUACUCUAAAACAAACGUACGAGUCCGAGAUCCACAUCACCAAAACCAGUGUGCUAAAGGCCACACAGCAAAGGGAGGAGGACACCGCUGACCUGAAACUGCAGCUGGAUAGGCUCAUGGAUGAGAAACGAGAUCUUGAGGAGGAGCUCAGGAGGCUUCAGUUGUCCAUCAGCCAAAUGGAAGAAGCCAAAAUGAGGGCUGAGCAGGAAGCACACCAACAAAGAUCUUCAGGAACAGAGGAGAGCAGAAGGCGAAAGGAACUAGAGAUACACAUUCAAACCAUCACACGACAGAUGACUGAACUUGAGACUACGCACAAGGAAGAACUCGCACAGGCCAACAACAGAAUGCAAGAAAAGGUCCAUCAGAUUACGGUCCUUACUCGCAACCAUGAUGACGAGAUCCGGAAGAGAAGAGCUCUGGAACAAGAGAAUCAAAGACUUCGACAGGCAGAGGCCGACUUGCUCGCCAAGCAUACUUCUUCCCAGGAAGUCAUAAACAAGCUAAAAAUCACAGAGAAGGAGACAAACCUUAUUCGUAUCGAGCUGGAGAAACAAGCAAGUGAAAAAGGAAAAGUGGAGCAGAGCGCUGCCAGAAUGCAGACUCGCAUUAAAGAUUUGCAGCUCAUGAUAGACAACCUGGAGGCUGAUCUGGAGAAAGAGAAAAAAAGCAGACAGGAUGAACUUACAAGGAAAAAGAGAAUAGAAAGUGAACUGGAAAGGGUGAAUCAGUUGUGCAGAGAGUACACAACUACCAUUAACACUCUACGUGUCCAUAAGGAAGAGGAGAGUGCUGCCGGCCGAAGACAUGAACAGGAGCUCCAUCAUGUCCAGGAGGAGCUGAACAGCUGUCAGAAGGAAUACAAAGUAACUUCGGAGAAACUUAACAGGCUGACGGCUGAGCUGAAGGCCUUGCAACAGCAGCUGACUCAAGAGCAGGCCCGUGUGCGAGAGGUCAACCUACGCAACGAGACUCUGUCCAAGACCAUUGAGGAGAAGAGCCGAGGGCUAAAUGAAAAAGUGUCUGAAAUUGAGAAGCUCAAGAGUCUUACUCAAAACCUCACCAAGGAUAGGCUGAAACUAGAGGAGGACCUGAGGAGUACACGCCAGGAACGGGAUGACUUGCGGAACAACAAAAACAGCAAUGAGAGUGAACACGUGGCCCAAAUGUCAGCCAUACAGCUCCAGCUUCAGAGCUCAAAUAAGAGAGGCCUAGAGCUCCAGGCCCACAUUAGUGAGCUGACAAAAGAGAGGGAAAAUUUAAAGGCGGAAAUAGCCAAAAUCCAAAAGCAGUACACGGAGACAUCUCUGAUGGUCCACGAGUCUCAGACACACUACAAGGAGAUCCUACAUGAAAGGGAUAAUCUCCUGGCCAAGCUUAAGUUGCUGGAAAUGGAAAAGGGGAAGCAGCAGCGUGCUGAGGAAGAACUGAGUCGCAUCAAGAUGUCACUGGAAUCAGAGAUGCGUCAGAAGCAGCACCUCAAGGGGGAAAUGGACAAAAACCACAAGGACUUUCUCUACUGGAAAAGCCAAUAUGAGAUAAAGGAUGGUCAGGUUAGACAGUGUCAGGCAGAUAAAGACAAGGCAGAGAGGGACAGGGCUUCACUGCGCAGUGAGAUUACAAAACUGACAGCUGAGCUGAGAAGUGUGGAGGAACGGUACCGGACUCGGCUACAGAGCUCCGAGUUAGAAGUGUCUGAACUCACCCACAAGCGAGAGGCUCUGGAAAGGGAGCUGAGGAAGCUGCAACAACGUCCCCAUACCUUCUCUCAGCAGACUCAGACAGAUGAGAACGUGGCAAUGAUUGACCCAUCAAAGCUUGUUUUUGAUGGCAUUCGCCGAAAAGUAACGGCUCAGCAGCUUUGUGACUGCGGGAUCAUUAAUAAAGCUACCCUCGAUAAGCUGCUGAAGGGCCAGAGCACAGUGUCGGAUGUUUCACUGGCAAUACAGCCCAGUCUUAAGGGUACAGGGGUUAUUGCAGGUGUUCAGCAAGAUUCCCAUAGCAGAAUGCCAAUCACAGAAGCUAAAAGUAAGAACCUGCUGAGUCCAGAGAGUGCCAUAAUGUUGCUGGAAGCUCAAGCUGCCACUGGUCAUGUGAUUGAUCCAAAGUUUAACGAGAAGAUGCCAGUAGAUACAGCCUGCUCAAGAGGUAUUGUUGACACAGAGGACAGGGAUGUCCUCAUUACAGCUGAGGCAGCUUGCACAGGGUUCAAGGAUCCAUUCACAGGAAAAGUUUUGUCCGUUGGACAGGCAUGCAAAAAAGGGCGACUUAACAGGGAGAAGGCCAUUCAAUUACUUCAGGCUCAAGAAGCCGUGGGAGGGAUAAUUGACCCUGUGCUAAGCGUGUUUCUACCCAAAGACACUGCCUUAGACCGUGGCUUAAUUGAUGAAGACCUUUAUCGUGCAUUGAACAAAAAGCCAGCUUGUUAUAUCAAUCCAGCAACUGCAGAGAAGAUCAGCUACAGUGACUUAAGGAAGAAGUGUGUCACAGAACAUGCAACUGGCCUCCUUCUGCUCCCGGUAAACGAUAACUCCGAGUUUGUCCAGGGAAUCCGUGGUCCAGUCUCACUCGCUGAGCUUGUAAAUUCCGACCUCAUUAAUGAGGGAGAUUUGGACAAAGUGAAACGAGGCAUUCUCACAACUAAAGAUAUUGAAAAUAGGCUGAAGAUGUACCUUACUGGCUCUGGCUGCAUUGCUGGCAUUUAUGAUGAGGCUCAAGAUAGAGUCCUGCCCUUCUACCAGGCCAUGAAAGAACAUCUUCUCCGUCCAGGAACAACACUGGAGCUUCUGGAAGCACAAGCUGCAUCAGGCUUCAUGAUUGAUCCGGUCAAUAAGGUUUAUAUGACAGUGCAGGAUGCAUGGAAGAGAGGCCUAGUAGGUAAAGAAUUUAAAGAUAAACUGCUGUCUGCUGAGAAGGCCGUGACUGGAUAUCGUGAUCCCAGUACAGGGCAGCUCAUCUCACUCUUUGAAGCUAUUGAAAAAGAGAUUAUUGAAAAGGGGCAUGGCGUUAGACUUCUGGAGGCUCAGAUAGCCAGCGGCGGCAUCAUCGAUCCUAAAGAGAGCCACCGCAUUGAUGUGGAAGUGGCUUACCGAAGAGGUUACUUUGACCGUGAAAUGAAUGAAAUUCUGACAUAUGAGGGUGAUGACACAAAGGGCUUCUUUGACCCAAACACUCAUGAAAAUCUGACCUAUCUGCAGCUGCAGAAGAGAUGUAUUUCUGACCCCAAGACUGGUCUGCUCCUGCUGCCUCUGAAGGACAAAAACAAGCAGAAGCAGCAGUCAACUCAAAAAAACACUCUUCGCAAAAGGAGAGUAGUGAUCGUAGACCCCGACACAGGCAAAGAGAUGUCUGUUCGUGAGGCGUAUCACAGAGAACUGAUCGACUAUGACACAUUUCUGAAUCUUUCGGAACAAGAAUGCGAGUGGGAGGAGAUCACCAUCACAGAUCCAACUGGCAAGACUCGACUAGUUAUUGUUGACCGUAAAACAGGUAUACAGUACGAUGUCCAUGACUCCCUGGAAAAGGGUAUUAUUCAGAAAAGUGCCUUAGACCAGUACCGCUCAGGAUCCCUCACGCUCACCCAGUUUGCUACUCUCCUUUCAAACAAAGGCACAAGUGCUGAGCUUUCAAUCUGCACCAGCGUUCCAGAUGAUGUUACGACCUGCAGUAGCCCCACUGAAGUUACACCAUCUUCUCCAACAGUCCGCAAACGCUUUGCUAGUGUUUCCAUCACACUCUCUCCUCCUUCUGAUAUACUGGAUGACCAGAGCCCAGUGGCAGCCAUCUUUGACACUGAAACUUUGGAGAAAAUCACAGUAACUGAAGCUCAGCGUCGUGGAAUAGUUGAUGCGAUCACAGCUCAGAGGCUCCUGGAGGCCCAGGCCUGCACUGGAGGUCUUGUAAACCCUGCCACUGGUAAAAGGCUUUCUUUGCAAGACGCUGUACAUCAGAGCAUAAUUGAUGAGGACAUGGCCACCAAGCUCAAACCAGCUCAAAAAGCUUACACUGGAUUUGAGGAUGUGAAAAGCAAAAGGAAAUUGUCAGCUGCAGAGGCCAUUAAAGAGAAAUGGUUACCGUAUGAGGCUGGGCAGAGAUUCCUGGAAUUCCAGUACCUGACUGGGGGACUGCUGGAACCAGGAAGUGGUAAGCGAGUCAGCACUGAAGAAGCCAUUCGAAGAGGAUGGCUGGAUGGUAAAGGAGCCCAGAAGCUGCAAGACACCAGGAGCUACUUGAAGAGCCUCACCUGCCCUAAAACCAAGCUAAAGAUUUCAUAUAAAGAGGCAAUGGACAACUGCAUGGUGGAAGAGACCAAUGGAAUGAAAAUGCUCCAAGCCACAUCUGUGUCCACCAAGGGUAUCAGUAGCCCGUAUAACGUCUCUGGUUCCAAUUCCCGCGCCGGAUCCCGGAGUGGCUCCAGGAGUGGGUCACGCCGAGGCAGCGUCGAUUACACCACCACUUACACUUACACUUCCUCUUCUUCCACUUCUAACAUAUUUAGUUCAUUCCCUUAACGUUUUCAAACGUAUCUGUGGCGGCUAAUACUUUCUCAUACACAACUGCUCAUUUUCUACAUAUAUAUCAACAACUAUUCGGUUAAAGUAGGGUUUGGGAAUAUUAUACAUGACUCCUAGGAUUCUCACGUACCUAAUCAGUUUUAUUUGGGUGCCUCUGAUUAUUAUUAGUUGUUAUUUUUUAGGUGCUUCUUUUUCUGUCCUGCAUUUUAAAUCAGUACAUUUUUACAUCAUGUUAGGGUCGUGAUUAUACUUUAAAAAUCCACAUGCAUCGACUUAUCUACAAAUUGUUAUUUUCAUUGUUAUUUAGAGCUUGAGUAAGUCAAAUCAAGUCAUUUUAUUUACAGAGUGCUUUUAACAAGAGGCAUUAUUGCAAAGCAGCUUUACAGAAAAAUAAAGUUUUAAAACAUAUGAACUAAUACAUUUAUCCCUAAUGAUCAAGCAUUUUCAGAGCAUUAAAAUUGUAAUAAUACAGAAGCUUAUAAAAUUAGAGAAAUUGUUAGAGUAAGUCAUUUUAUAAAGUAUAAUUUGAAGAAUGUCAACACAAUUUGUACUAACAAAAGAUGGCAAAUAAACUCAGUUUUCACUCA